UUCGCCACUCACACUCACUGCCCCUCUCUCUCUCUCUCGUCGUUUUGCCUUCCGCUGUUCACACCGGCGAAGAAUCCGCACUAUGAAUGCAGACAAGCACUGCGGAGAGGAUCAGAAGGUCACUCUCGAUCUUCUCAAGAGGAGAAUGGAUGAAUUCGCCAAGGAACGAGACUGGGAGAAGCACCACACCCCGCGCAACCUUCUUCUCGCUAUGGUUGGGGAAGUGGGGGAGCUUUCAGAGAUAUUUCAAUGGAAAGGAGAGGUUAAAAAAGGCUUACCUGACUGGAAAGAAGAGGAAAAGGUUCACUUAGGGGAAGAGCUUUCAGAUGUUCUUCUAUACUUAAUCAGGCUAUCAGAUAUGUGUGGGAUCGAUCUUGAUCGAGCUGCCCUUAGGAAAAUUGAGCUGAAUGCAAUCAAAUAUCCGGCGAAUCUCUCGAAAGAUGAUGCUGCUAAACCCUAAACCCUGCAGGCAGAGGUAUGUAUGGCUAUGCCUUAUCUUUUGAACUUUGAUUAUACUUAUGUGCUGAAUAUGAAAGUUUUUUUUUGUGUGUGGGGAGGGAAUAUAUAAUAGGGUUUGCUUUGAUUUGAUUUUGUGGCAAUGCAUGCAUGGUGUUCUUGUUAGAAUUUAAGUUUUUGGUACUGAUUUGGUUGAUGAUUUCUUUCAAUAUCUGCAA